CCAAACCCAACUAUCUUCAUUCAUGAAUGAAGACAACACAUAAAACAAAGAAACAAACUCCCAGAUUCAAACCCGCUACUCAUUUCCUUCUCACCAGUUUAGAGAGAGAGAGAGAGAGAGAGAGAGAGAGAGAGAGAGAGAGAUGACAGGGAUGGUAAUGGUGACAAAGGGUGUUGGUUGUGGUGGGAGGAGGACAAUAAAACAAGAAGAAGAAGAGCAGCAGAACAAUCUCUCAAUUGUUGCAUUCUUCUUGGCUGCUCUGCGAAAGUCCAUGGUCGCUUGCAGAGUAGAACGUCCAGACGAAUCCAUCUCAGCCGUUCAUCACAUGGAUAUCGGUUGGCCGACGAAUGUUCAACACAUAGCUCAUGUCACAUUUGAUCGAUUCAAUGGGUUCCUUGGUCUCCCUGUUGAGUUCGAAGUCGAGAUUCCUUGUAGAGUUCCCAGUGCCAGCGUCAGCGUUUUCGGUGUGUCAGCAGAAUCCAUGCAGUGUUCAUAUGAUUCGAGAGGCAAUAGUGUUCCCACAAUCCUCUUACUAAUGCAGGAGAGGUUAAACUCUCAAGGAGGCUUAAAGGCAGAAGGGAUUUUCCGAAUAAACCCGGAGAACAGUAAAGAGGAGGAAGUGAGAAAGCAGUUGAACAGAGGCAUUGUGCCUAGUAACAUUGAUGUUCACUGUUUGGCAGGGCUAAUAAAAGCCUGGUUCCGGGAGCUUCCUUCAGGUGUAUUAGAUGGGCUUUCACCGGAACAAGUUUUGGAAUGCAACACCGAGGAGGAAUCGGUUGAGCUAGUGAAGCAACUCCGACCAACUGAAUCAGCAUUGCUCAACUGGGCUAUUGAUCUUAUGGCUGAUGUUGUUGAGCAAGAGGAGUAUAACAAAAUGAAUGCUAGGAAUAUUGCCAUGGUUUUUGCUCCCAACAUGACUCAGAUGUCUGAUCCAUUGACGGCUCUGAUGCAUGCUGUCCAAGUGAUGAACUUGCUCAAGACAUUGAUAAUGAGAACACUAAGAGACCGCGAGGAGGCUGGAACAGAAGGGUACUCACCAAUGUGUUCUUAUUCCUCUGAUCCACGAACUGAUGGCGAAAUUGAUGAUAAUCAACAAGAUAUGGAUACCAGUUGCGAGUUAAGAGGGCCAAUAUCGGAAAACAAUGAUCAUGACAUUUACAGCAUCAGUAGUGAAGAUGAAGACGAUGAUGAUGGAGUGGAGACAUUGAGUGAGAUAGAAGAAUGUUUCUUGAGGCAACUACGCGGGAUUGACAAUGCCGAAGAUUUGCUAUCUGUUUGUGAAAAUGGGAGUAGUUCUGCUUUGAGCGCAAGCGAUGGGGAAGAGCCGGAAGCAAUUGUAGUCGCUGAUGAAGAGAAGGAUGAUUUGAAGAUUCCACCAAAUAAAUGGGAAGACAAAAGUGAAGUGGAAAUGGUGGACAAAAUAGUGGAUUCUGCUUUCCCAGUGCCUUUGGUUGGUGUUCAUUUAUCUGUAUCUUAGUUGAUUGCAGCUUGGUAGAGAUUUAGGUAAACCACCUAGUUUGCUUGCAGAUUUUGGGCUUUGCUCUUAUAGCCAUUGCUGGUUCUGUAAAUUGAUAGUGUUGGCAGUGACUGAUGUUGUUAAUCUCCCAAAUAGGGGAUGUUGAGUAGGGGUGGACCAAGGUAGAGGCCCAUGGGCGCACGUAACUAAUAUGUGUCCCACGAAUACAAAUUUGUGAGUCCGCCACUAAAUGUGUGCGUUGUUUGCUUGUGGUUGAUUGUGGGUCUUUUGUUCGGCUUAAGGCUGACUUCAUGCUUGUUAUUCCCAUCAGUAAUUCUCUGGCAGAGGAUUUCUAACUGUUAUAAUUUUGGAUAGUAUGAAUGAGUCUCAUGUUUGUUCGCUUUC